UACGAGAAAAGCGACAUUAACAUACUCUAGGAAUAGGGGCACAGGGACAGGACCUGAUGCUGAUGAGCUUCCUUCGUAUGAUUCCUUACUGGGAGCAGCAAAUGAUGGGGAGUUGCCAAUUAUGGAGGAUAAAGUAGGAGAUGUUUUUGAAAAUCUUAUGCGGCCAAGAAGGAGGAGUACCAUCGAACAACCUUCCAACAACUCAGGUGCUAGUCUGCCAGAUGACCAUGAACAUAUUCCGGAUCAAUCUACUGGCAUCGGGAGGACACCGAGUGGGCUGGCACAGAGACGACCGUGGAGACCUAUCGAACAUCAAGAUGUUGACCUACCGGUCCGGAUGCCGGUCAUGAGAGAGGCUAGAGUCAACUUCCGAGUUUUAAGAAGUACAAUGGCGAUUUGGAUGAUCAACAGAGUCAUCGUAUAUGCCGUGUUUGUCGCACUCAUUGUCGGAAGUGCUGUCACCGCCGGUCUUGCAGCGUGGAAAGCACAGACUGAGUCCUCUUCCCGCCAGCCUAAACUAUCCUACGACGACAACUUCUACGGGAGCAUCUCACAAGGCCUGGGAAGCAUCCUCGGUGUGUUCUGUAUAGUCAUUCCACUUGUCGAACGCAACCGCGAACUUCAACCCGAUAUCCCUGUUUGGUGUCCGCAAACGUUCCGUUGGCUCCUUGGAUUCAGUGUUGUCACAGCCGUUUUCUCUAUGGCUACGCAGCGCUUUGAAGAGGUGGAAUCUAUUGUGUUUGGGUAUGUGAGUAUGGCUACCCAGUUAGUGGCGACGAUGCUCCUGGUUGUUGGCAGUACGGAGACUAUCACACAACGGCAAAGGGCUUUUGAUCAGCUGAGCACAAAACACCUCAUCAUAUCCGGGGCGUUGCAGAAUGUCCGACAGCAAGCUGCUGCUAAUGCUGCAGCUUUGUGAUCCUGUAGCAUUCAAUUUAACCACCAUGGUGACC